CCGGCGGCGGCGGCGGCCGGGAGGAGGAGGAGGAGGAGGAGGAGGAGGCGGAGGACGCGGCGGCAGCGGGGACGCGGUGACUUAGGGCCGCUCCGUUCUGCUUUUUUUCCACCGAUGUAACAGACCUGGAGCCAGCAAGACUCAGAGGAAAGGACUUAAUCAGGUUUAUGUGUCCUAAAGGUUAUGAAGACAGUAUGGAGUUUCCAGACCAUAGUAGACAUUUGCUGCAGUGUCUGAGCGAGCAGAGACACCAGGGUUUUCUUUGUGACUGCACUGUUCUGGUGGGAGAUGCCCAGUUCCGAGCGCACCGAGCUGUACUGGCUUCAUGCAGCAUGUAUUUCCACCUCUUUUACAAGGACCAGCUGGACAAAAGAGACAUUGUUCAUCUGAACAGCGACAUUGUUACAGCCCCGGCUUUCGCUCUCCUGCUUGAAUUCAUGUAUGAAGGGAAACUCCAGUUCAAAGACUUGCCCAUUGAAGACGUGCUAGCAGCUGCCAGUUAUCUCCACAUGUAUGACAUUGUCAAAGUCUGUAAAAAGAAGCUGAAAGAGAAAGCUACCACUGAGGCAGACAGCACCAAAAAGGAAGAAGAUGCUUCAAGUUGUUCAGACAAAGUUGAGAGCCUCUCUGAUGGCAGCAGCCACAUGGCGGGCGACUUGCCCAGUGAUGAAGAUGAAGGAGAAGAUGAAAAAUUGAACAUCCUGCCCAGCAAAAGGGACUUGGCGGCUGAGCCUGGGAACAUGUGGAUGCGAUUGCCCUCAGACGCAGCAGGCAUCCCUCAGGCUGGCGGAGAGGCAGAGCCACACGCCACAGCAGCUGGAAAAACAGUAGCCAGCCCCUGCAGCUCAACAGAGUCUUUGUCCCAGAGGUCUGUCACCUCCGUGAGGGAUUCGGCAGAUGUUGACUGUGUGCUGGACCUGUCUGUCAAGUCCAGCCUUUCAGGAGUUGAAAAUCUGAACAGCUCUUAUUUCUCUUCACAGGACGUGCUGAGAAGCAACCUGGUGCAGGUGAAGGUGGAGAAAGAGGCUUCCUGUGAUGAGAGUGAUGUUGGCACUAAUGACUAUGACAUGGAACAUAGCACUGUGAAAGAAAGUGUGAGCACUAAUAACAGGGUACAGUAUGAGCCGGCCCAUCUGGCUCCUCUGAGGGAGGACUCGGUCUUGAGGGAACUGGAUCGGGAGGACAAAGCCAGCGAUGAUGAAAUGAUGACCCCGGAGAGUGAGCGUGUCCAGGUGGAAGGGGGCAUGGAGAGCAGUCUGCUCCCUUAUGUCUCCAACAUCCUGAGCCCUGCGGGCCAGAUCUUCAUGUGCCCCCUGUGCAACAAAGUCUUCCCCAGCCCCCACAUUCUGCAGAUCCACCUGAGCACUCACUUUCGUGAGCAGGACGGCAUCCGCAGCAAGCCCGCUGCCGAUGUCAAUGUGCCCACGUGCUCUCUGUGUGGGAAGACUUUCUCGUGCAUGUACACCCUCAAGCGCCACGAGAGGACUCACUCGGGGGAGAAGCCCUACACAUGCACCCAGUGCGGCAAGAGCUUCCAGUACUCGCACAACCUGAGCCGCCAUGCUGUGGUGCACACCCGCGAGAAGCCGCAUGCCUGCAAGUGGUGUGAGCGCAGGUUCACGCAGUCUGGAGACCUGUACAGACACAUUCGCAAGUUCCACUGUGAGUUGGUGAACUCCUUGUCGGUCAAAAGCGAAGCACUGAGCUUGCCUACUGUCAGAGACUGGACCUUAGAAGAUAGCUCUCAAGAACUUUGGAAAUAAUUUUAUAUAUAUAUAUAAAUAAUAUAUAUAUAUACAUAUAUAUACAUAGAUCUCUAUAUAGUUGUGGUACGGUCUAAAAGCAGUCUUGUUUCCUGGAACUAAAAAGUUGGGAUCUUAACUUGUUUUUGCACUUUAGAAUAAUAGCAUGAGAAUCUCACUAAUUUAGCAUUCUGAUAAAAGAAACUUAGAGCAAGUCUGAGAAUAGAGAGGUGUCUUUCCUUUGAGGGGUAGGCAAAGUAAGCCAAUAAGAAACUUCUAAACAAAUCGUCCUAUCACAAAAAUGCUUUCAUACGGCUUAAUUUUGUCAAUACAGUGUUGUCUUUUGAGCUCUUUUUGUGCCCCACAUUUGUUUUGUUUUGUUUUGUUUUUGUUUUUUAAAGUAAAAAGAAAUUCCCUCCAGUUUUAUUAGCCUCUAUGUCUCAAAUUGCAUGAAUCUUUUCUGGCUGUUGGAAACCUGAAUGCUUUUAGACCCAAAUGGAAAAUUUCUGAAAUGCUGGAUUAUCUAUUUUUAAACAAGCAGUUGACUUAAAACUUUCUGUGGCAACUUCUGGUUUUCUGACGGUUCCCAAUGAGAGAAAUUCUGCAAGUACACUGGGAUCACUGGGAUACUGUCUUUGUGAAGGUUUGCUUGGGAUGAAAAAGGAUAUUGCAGCUUCAGCAGUGUUGAACUGUGUGUUUAAAAAUGUGAAUUACUGUUCUUGUAUACUGUAAUUGAUUACAUGGGCUGGGGGGGGAUGUCAAAGAACUUGACAGGUUGUGUUGAUGCUCUUAGUUGAGUCUUGAAAAGUAAAUAUUAACGCUACAGAAAUGCAUGAGUUCAAUAUAUUUUUUGUCUUUGUUUGCAUUGUAUAACUUUAACGAGUGAGUUUAAAAUUAUUUAAUUUCCUUAGAAAAAUAGCACCAUUUGGAAAAAAAACUGGUGUUAUGAAGAACGUAAAUGCACUGUUUUUUUUUAUUUUAUAUAAUUUAAAUUGACUUUCCCACUGUCUUUAAGUUGAACUGUUAAGCUGAAUAAAAACUUAAGCUGCAAAUUGAUAACUUUGCUACAUAACAAGGAACAUAUAAAUGUUUACAAACGGCUUAAAGAUUUGCAUGUGCAGUGUGCAUUUAUAACAAACUUCUAAUUGCACAAAACCCAUACCAGCUCAAAGUUUAGGUGUACACAUUUACCCAGUUGAGCAUUUUUAGAAUAACUACUGCACAAAUUGACAAUAGGUCAUUUUCUCUGUUUUUUUUGCUCCUCUUUUCUUUUUCUCCCCUUCUUCCUUACCCUCCCUCCCUUCUCCCCCCCCCCCCCCAAACUCAUGAAAAGAUUCUAUGGACUGAAAAAGCCCCAGGCUGAAAGGACUGGACUGCCUUGAUUGACAUGGGGAAGGGGGUUAGUAGACUAUGUGUAUCGGCAGCAGAGGCUGCAGCCCAACGUGUGGUUUUAAUGACCAGCACACAGGGCAAAAGCAUUUUGCACAGUGUUUGUUUUCCUGUCUUGCACUUACAAAUAAGGUCUAUGGGAGUAGCAUGGAAAACGUUUGCUGUUUUUCCCUUUUUUUUUUUUAUUGCUUUUGUUUAAAAUUUGAUCGCCUUAACUACUGUAAACAUAGCCUAUUUUUGUGCUUAAGAUACUGAAUGGAAAACUCCAUUGUGUGUUGCUGGACUGUUUUGGAAAUAUUUGGUCAAAUGUGUGUUAAUUUGGCUGUAAUGGCAUUUAAAGCAAACAAACAAACAAAAAAAAAAGCUGUGAAAAUGGCCUUGGAGCAUUAUCUUUAGUUACUUGAAGAGUUUCUAGUUUUUUUAAAUACAGUUUAUGUUAAAAUAAUUUUUAUUAAUUUAGAGAAGACAAUCAAUGUCUGUGAGAAAACGGACUUUCUUUUGGAUUUUCUUUUUGUGGUCAUCGUGAGUGAUUGCUUUUUCCUUUUCUUAGUUUCACAUUCUUCCUUUGUUCUAAAACUUAGACUGACAUCUAGCUUUGACAAUCAUAGUAUGUUUUAUUUUCCUGAGGGGGGAAUAACUUAUAAUGCUGUUUAGUUUUGUACUAUUGGUGUGUUGGUGAAUUUUUAAACUGUGUGCUAACUGCAAUAAAUUAUAUGAACUGAGAA